AUGGAAAGCACAGUCCAACAGGAGCAGUCCAACAGGAGCAGUCCAACAGGAGCAGUCCAACAGGAGCAGUCCAACAGGAGCAGUCCAACAGGAGCAGUCCAACAGGAGCAGUCCAACAGGAGCAGUCCAACAGGAGCAGUCCAACAGGAGCAGUCCAACAGGAGCAGUCCAACAGGAGCAGUCCAACAGGAGCAGUCCAACAGGAGCAGUCCAACAGGAGCAGUCCAACAGGAGCAGUCCAACAGGAGCAGUCCAACAGGAGCAGUCCAACAGGAGCAGUCCAACAGGAGCAGUCCAACAGGAGCAGUCCAACAGGAGCAGUCCAACAGGAGCAGUCCAACAGGAGCAGUCCAACAGGAGCAGUCCAACAGGAGCAGUCCAACAGGAGCAGUCCAACAGGAGCAGUCCCAACAGGAGCAGUCCAACAGGAGCAGUCCAACAGGAGCAGUCCAACAGGAGCAGUCCAACAGGAGCAGUCCAACAGGAGCGCAGUCCAACAGGAGCAGUCCAACAGGAGCAGUCCAACAGGAGCAGUCCAACAGGAGCAGUCCAACAGGAGCAGUCCAACAGGAGCAGUCCCAACAUGAGCAGUCCAACAGGAGCAGUCCAACAGGAGCAGUCCAACAGGAGCAGUCCAACAGGAGCAGUAUUUUGUUUUCGACCUUGGUCUUUGGUCCAGCGUGUGGCUUCAUUCUGGGGUCGGUCUGCACCAAAGUCUAUGUGGAUGCGGUCUUCAUUGACACCAGCACGCUGGACAUCACUCCCGACGACCCUCGCUGGAUCGGGGCGUGGUGGGCGGGCUUCCUCCUGUGCAGUGCCUUACUCUUCCUGUCUGCUCUCUUCAUGUUCGGCUUCCCCCAGACCCUGGACGAGCAAGACUCUGGAGGGGAGAGCGAGCAGGCCAUGCUGCCCUCCGCUCUCACUCUGGACCGACCCAAAGGAACCACUCAUGGCUGUGACGUAAACAGUGGCCUCUCCGUGUGCCAGCACCUGCGAGUAAUACCGCGGGUGACCAGGCAUCUUCUCUCCAACCCAGUGUUCAGUUGCAUCGCACUGGCAGCGUGCAUGGAGAUCGCGGUUGUCGCUGGCUUCGCUGCCUUCUUGGGGAAAUACUUGGAGCAGCAGUUUAAUCUAACAACCUCCUCAGCCAAUCAGCUGCUUGGUAUGACAGCCAUCCCGUGUGCCUGUCUGGGGAUCUUCCUGGGGGGUCUGUUGGUGAAGAAGCUGAACCUGUCUGCGCUGGGGGCUGUGCGCAUGGCCAUGCUGGUCAACCUCAUCUCCACCGCCUGUUAUGUGUCCUUCCUGUUUCUGGGCUGUGAUACUGGGCCUGUGGCUGGAGUUACUAUUGCAUAUGUCAAUGAGACGUUACAUUCAUGGCAGAGGCCGGAGUCCGCAUGCAUCAGUAACUGUAACUGCUACACCGCCUCGGUCAGUCCUGUGUGCGGCUCCAAUGGAGUCACUUAUCUCUCAGCUUGCUUCGCUGGCUGCACCCAACGUAACCUGACAAGCUGCAUGUGUGUGUCCGGCAGCAGUGAGGACGCUGUGGCUUUACCGGGGAAGUGUCCAAGCCCGGGCUGUCAGCAGGCCUUCCUCACCUUCCUCUCUAUAAUCUGUGUGUGCAGCAUGAUCGGAGCUAUGGCCCAGACCCCCUCCGUCAUCAUCCUCAUCAGAACUGUAAGCCCUGAGCUGAAGUCCUAUGCCUUGGGAGUGUUGUUCCUGCUCCUCAGACUUAUAGGCUUCAUCCCUCCUCCGCUGAUCUUUGGGAUGGGCAUCGACUCCACCUGUCUGUUCUGGAGCUCUGUGUGUGGGGAGAAAGGUGCCUGCAUGCUGUAUGACAACGUGUCGUACAGACAUCUGUAUGUGAGUAUCGCCAUCGUGCUCAAGUCGUCCGCCUUCUUGCUGUACGCCACCACAUGGCAGUGUCUGCGGAAGAACUACAGGAAGUACAUCAAGAACAGCGAGGGCUACCUGACCCCCACUGAACUCUUCUCUUCCAACGUCACUCUGGACAAUUUGGGCAAAGACAUGGCCAUCGACCCGAACAACAGGACAAAGUACAUUUAUAACCUGGAGGACCAUGAGAGCACCCCUGGUUAUCCUCGGCCUCCCCCCGGCCUCCCCUCUGCCUCCCCUCAGCCUCCCCUCAGCCUCCUCUCUGCCUCCCCUCAGCCUCCCCUCUGCCUCCCCUCCCCUCAGCCUCCCCUCUGCCUCCCCCCGGCCUCCCCUCUGCCACCCCUCAGCCUCUCCUCUGCCUCCCCUCAGCCUCCCGUCAGCCUCUCCUCUGCCUCCCCUCUGCCUCCCCUCCCCUCAGCCUCCCCUCAGCCUCCCCUCUGCCUCCCCUCUGCCUCCCCUCCCCUCAGCCUCUCCUCUGCCUCCCCUCAGCCUCCCCUCAGCCUCCCCUCAGCCUCUCCUCUGCCUCCCCUCAACCUCCCCUCAGCCUCCCCUCUGCCCCCCCUCUGCCUCCCCUCUGCCUCCCCUCUGCCUCCCCUCCCCUCAGCCUCCCCUCUGCCUCCCCUCACCUCACCCUCCCCUCUGCCUCCCCUCAGCCUCCCCUCAGCCUCCUCUCUGCCUCCCCUCAGCCUCCCCUCUGCCUCCCCUCACCUCACCCUCCCCUCAGCCUCCCCUCUGCCUCCCCUCCCCUCAGCCUCCCCUCUGCCUCCCCUCAGCCCCCCCUCACCCUCCCCUCUGCCUCCCCUCACCUCACCCUCCCCUCUGCCUCCCCUCCCCUCAGCCUCCCCUCUGCCUCCCCUCACCUCACCCUCCCCUCUGCCUCCCCUCAGCCUCCCCUCUGCCUCCCCUCAGCCUCCCCUCAGCCUCCCCUCAGCCUCUCCUCUGCCUCCCCUCUGCCUCCCCUCAGCCUCCCCUCUGCCUCCCCUCUGCCUUCCCUCAGCCUCCCCUCUGCCUCCCCUCUGCCUUCCCUCAGCCUCCCCUCUGCCUCCCCUCCCCCCUCAGCCUCUCCUCUGCCUCCCCUCCCCUCAGCCUCCCCUCUGCCUCCCCUCUGCCUCCCCUCCCCUCAGCCUCUCCUCUGCCUCCCCUCAGCCUCCCCUCAGCCUCCCCUCUGCCCCCCCUCUGCCUCCCCUCUGCCCCCCUCUCAGCCUACACUGCAGAUAA